UUUCUCAUCAUUUUUAUUAAAAAAAAAGAAUUCACAGUCUUGACGAAUGACUCGCAGUCUGGAUAAAACAAAGUAAAAUUACAAAUGUUUUUGUAAAAAUACUUCAAAUCUGAUCUUAGUCGUGAUUUUUUUGCCAACGGAAGGAAAAACAACUUAGGAAUAUUAAAUAAAUAUGGUUUUUCUGGUUCUUUUGAGUUUACUAUUUGUGUCUGCUUUAGGCUCUUUACUUAAUCGACACGAAAAUGUGUUUCCCAAUUGGAAAACUCUUUCAGUGAAAUAUGCAUUUUAUCGAAGUUUACCAAUUUCAGAGAAUACGGCCAUUAUAAGUUCAUGGAAAUUGCUGGCUAAUAGCUGUGAAGCUGAGUCUCAGUUCAUAGGAAAACGCUAUGCAUUUAAUAAUGACUUGGCUACUGUUUUGAUAUUUGAUUUAAAUGGAAUACUGGCAGGAAUUCAAAUGGGUAUUUCGGAACACAUUAAAGAAGCAAAAUGGUUUGGAAAAAUACAUAUAAAAGAUGUAGAUACUAAUUAUGUCACUGCGUAUUUUACUGAACCGAGUGAUAUUUGCAACAAUAUCAAAAUUAGAAAUAAAGAUUAUGUCGGAGAUAAACUUGGAAUUUUAUCAGGAAAAGAGCUACUAGACAUGCCGUUAAAGGAAGCGGCAUUAAAAACUACAAAAUGGACUAAAGGAAAAUGCGUCUUCGGUAGGGGUCAACAUUACUGGUACAAUGUGAAAAGCGAUAUGGACUGUAGUGAUUUUUUCCCUAUAUUUCUUUUAUACAACAAUAAGCUUCUAACUGGUUUUGGAUUUGUUGCAUGUGGCAUAUUAAACAAUACUAACGUUGAACAUCAUAAUUCAGAAAAAUUAAAGUAUUUACUAGAACCAAUAACUCAUCCAAAAUGCAUAGACGAAUGCGCUGAUAUACUAUCUACUCAAUACGUUUAUCUGAACGAAAAUCCAGGAUUGAACAGUUUCUGUUAACUUGAGUUUACAUUAGUGUAAAUUAAUAAAUUUUUAAUAUCAA